UUACUCUAUUUCCUUCAGAUUGCCCUACUUAAAUUCUUUGAGGCUGUUCUACCGAAAGGUAUUGUACUAAAGUGUCCAAAUGGCUGCUUUUGAAGAGUUUGGUGUUCUGCCUGAGCUUGCAAAAGCCAUUGAGGAGCUGGAAUGGACUCUGCCCACAGAUAUCCAAGCCGAAAGUAUUCCUCUGAUGCUUGGAGGUGGCGACAUUCUCAUGGCUGCUGAGACUGGCUCGGGAAAAACUGCCGCCUUCUGCCUGCCAAUUAUCCAAAUAGUUUGGGAAACUCUAAAGGAUAUUCAGUCGGGAAAAGCCAGCAAAGCUGCAACUGCCAUCUCUCCUGCUUGGACGUUGUCCACUCACGAUCGAGGUAACGCGCUUGCUGUCGCCCCCGACGGUUUACGGGUGCAAUCCCGCGAUGUUAAAGACUGGCACGGAGUCAGGUGCACCAGAGGCAUAAGUGGAGGCGGAAAAUGGGGCUUUGAAGCCACCAUCGCGGAUGAGGGCCUUUGCCGGAUGGGCUGGGCCACUUUGAAUGCCACUCUGGAAUUGGGAACUGAUAGAUUUGGUUGGGGCUUUGGAGGCACCGGCAAGAAGUCAAACAACCGCAAAUUCGAUACUUAUGGCACAGCUUUUGGAAAGUCCGACGUAAUCACUUGUCUGGUGGAUUUGGAUGCUGGCGAAAUUAGCUUUAUGAAGAACGGCACUCAUUUGGGGCUGGCUUUUUCUGGUGUCAAUACGAAAGAGCCCGUGUUUCCGGCCGCUGUUUUAAAGAAUGCAGAAAUGUCGUUUAACUUUGGCGAUCACCCUUUCAAGCACAAUUUGCCCGAGAAGUUCCUACCUUUAGCGUCCGCCCCAAAAGACAAAGUGGUGAUGAACACUAACACAGGCAGUGGAAGCAGCGAUGGACUCGUCAAACUGGCGAAUAACGCGCCGCAAGCCCUCAUAAUUGAACCGUCCCGCGAACUGGCCGAGCAAACCAGCAAUCAGAUAAAGCUCUUUAAGAAAUACAUUGAAAAUCCCUGCAUUAAGGACCUGCUGGUUAUUGGCGGCUCGAAUAUCAAGGAGCAGAUGUCGAUUUUGCAGAACUCCGGGGUGGAUAUUGUGGUUGGAACCCCUGGCCGAUUGGAGGAUUUAAUUCAAGGCGGAUACAUGUCGUUGGCGAAUUGCAGGUUUUUCGUGCUGGACGAAGCAGAUGGCCUGCUCAAGCAGGGUUACACUGAUUUCAUUGAGCGACUGCACAAGCAAAUGCCCAAAAUCACUGCGGAUGGCAAAAGGCUGCAGAUGAUCGUUUGCAGUGCCACUUUGCAUGAUUUUGAGGUGAAGAAAAUGGCCCAAAAAUUAAUGCACUUCCCCACUUGGAUUGACUUGAAAGGCGAAGACGCUGUUCCCGAAACUGUCCAUCAUGUGGUGGUUCAAGUGGACCCGCAAAAUGAUCGAACCUGGCAAAAUAUUCGAAAACACAUCACAACUGACGGUGUGCACCACCAGGACAACGUGAAGCCUGGCGAUAACAGUCCCGAAACCCUGAGUGAAGCAGUGAAAAUCCUUAAGGGCGAUUAUGUGGUAAAGGCGAUAAUGGAGCACCAGAUGGACAAGGCGAUCAUUUUCUGCCGCACCAAGUUGGACUGCGACAAUCUGGAACAAUACUUGAAAGAAAUCGAUCCGUCCUAUACGUGCGUGUGUCUGCAUGGUGACCGCAAGCCGCACGAACGGAAGGCCAAUUUGGAGCUUUUUAAAAACAAUGAAGUCAAGUUCCUCAUUUGCACCGAUGUGGCUGCCAGAGGCCUGGAUAUUGUUGGCCUACCUUUCAUGAUCAACGUGACUCUUCCCGACGAAAAGUCGAAUUAUGUGCACCGAAUUGGCAGAGUUGGACGAGCCGAUCGCAUGGGAUUAGCCAUCAGCUUGGUCAGCACUGUUCCAGAAAAGGUGUGGUAUCAUGGAGCAUGGUGUAAAAGCCACGGAAGAAACUGCUGGAACACCUUCUUAACCGACGCGAAAGGCUGUUGCAUUUGGUACGAUGAGCCUCGGUACUUGGGCGAAAUCGAAGAACAUCUGAACGUGACCAUCCAGCAAAUCGGGACCGAUCUGAAAGUGCCCCACGACGAAUUCGACGGCAAAGUCGUGUAUGGGCAGAAAAAGCAACAAACGGCCUCGAACUACGCAAGCCACACCGCCCAAAUGGCCCCAAUCGUUUCGGAUUUGACGAAACUGGAAAGCCAAGCGCAGAUUUUGUAUUUGAAGCGGUAUCUGAACAAAACCGCUCGCGUUGUCUAGCUAAAACACACAACGCGCAAUUGGUUGCUUUAGAAAUACUGGAAAAAUGUUUUUAUUCGAUCAAUUCACUAAGCUUAGAUUAUUUACAAUUGAGUACGUCUGAUCUCCGUCUGAAGAAUUUUCGGUACAACGGAAAUUGCAUGACUUUACAAACACAGACGGAGAUCAGGCGCACCAAUUGUAAAUAACCCAAACUUAGUGAAUUGAUCGAAUAAAAACCUUUUUCCAGUAUUUCUAAAACACAACGCGCAAUUGGUUGCUUUAGAAAUACUGGAAAAAGGUUUUUAUUCGAUCAAUUCACUAAGCUUAGAUUAUUUACAAUUGAGUGCGUCUGAUCUCCGCCUGUGUUUGUAAAGUCGUGCAAUUUUCCGCACAACGGAAGUUGGAAAAUGAAAUUAAUAAAAGCCACUUUUGCCUCAGAAA